AUGCGCCUCCAGCCCUCUGCCCUCGUUGCCCUCGCCGCUCUGGCCACGACAGCAUCGGCAAUCGUCUUUGAUGUUGAAGAUACACCGAAAGUAUGCCGAGACAUCUGCGUGCCCCUCACCAAGCUGGUCAGCCAGUGCCGCAGCGAGGUCGGCAAGGCAGACGGAGACCUCUCCGACGCCCAGGAGGAGCAGCUCGAGGCCGAGUGCGUGUGCGGGAACGAGAACUUUGGCGUGUCCAGCGUAGCCGAGCAGUGCCAGGGCUGUAUACUGGGUUGUCUGACGAAUCCGCAUCAUCUGUCUACUCGUGAUGACGAUGAGGAGGAAGAGCUCAUCGAUACGCGGGAUGAGGUCAAAGAUGCUCUACACGCAAUCAAUGACAUCAUCACCAUGUGCAGCUUCUCUCCAGAAGCGUACGAUUCUGCCUCUGCAACCGCCACAGCCAUCUCCGUCGAAGCUACCGUCCUCUCUAGCACCGAUAACCUGACGACUUCAUACUCUAAUAUUCCUACCACCAUUCGGAAGAGCUCGAGCGAUGAUGAUGAUGACGAUGAUAACGACGACGACGACGACGACGAUGGCGAUAAUGCCGCUGCGACUCUGGCUCCCCUUUGGGUGGCUGGCGGCCUGGUCGCAGGUGUCAUGGCUUUGAUGGCCUAG